UCUCCUUCAGUGGAUCCACACUGUCCUUUCUCUCUUUCUCUCUUGGGCUCUAUUUAAACCUUAAAACUGUGAUGAAAAAGCAACACCUCGGCUAAGAAAACCUUUCAGAAAAUGCUUCACCAGUGCAGCCUUUGAGAAAACACCAUUUGACUUUUAAAAGGAUCUACAUUAGAGAAAACCCUACACACUUAAACAAGACAACAUUUUCCAACUGCUCAUACGAGAGAGAGAGAGAGAGAAAAAUAAAGACACAAUGGAACUUCAGAAACUAGCAAACGGUCACCAUCAAGACUUUCAACAUCUUGAAGAAGGAGAGUCACCUGAACGAGAGGAGUUUUUACCACACAAGAGUGAUGGAGGAAAACCUCCCCAGUUUACAGAUUUUGAAGGAAAGACCUCAUUUGGGAUGUCUGUCUUCAACCUUAGCAAUGCCAUCAUGGGUAGUGGGAUUCUAGGACUGUCCUAUGCCAUGUCCAACACUGGUAUCAUCCUCUUUUUGAUCUUGUUGACCAGCAUUGCUGUCCUGUCAUCAUACUCUGUCCAUCUUCUACUGAGGAGUGCUGGGGUUGUGGGUAUUCGUGCUUAUGAACAACUUGGUAAACGAGCAUUUGGACACCCAGGGAAAAUAUUGGCAGCUGUUGUCAUAACCAUGCAUAACAUUGGUGCUAUGUCUAGCUACCUCUUCAUUGUGAAGUAUGAAUUACCUUUGGUUAUUCAGGCUUUCCUUGGACUUCAGCACAGCAGUGGUGAGUGGUUCCUGAAUGGCAACUAUCUGAUUGUCAUUGUGUCUGUUUGCAUCAUCUUUCCACUUGCCCUGAUGAGACAGCUUGGGUACCUGGGCUACACAAGUGGCUUCUCUCUGACAUGUAUGGUUUUCUUCCUGAUCUCAGUCAUCUAUAAGAAGUUGAACAUCCCUUGUCCUUUUGACGGUUUCAGUAACCACACUGCUGUCAACAUAUCUAUUGAUGGCCAAUGUGAAGCCAAAUACUUCACAAUCAACCAGGAGACAGCCUACACGGUUCCAAUCUUGGCAUUCGCUUUUGUAUGCCACCCCGAGGUGCUACCAAUCUACACUGAACUGCGCAAUCCCACAAAGAGACGCAUGCAGGCCAUUGCCAACGUGUCCAUCCUGGGGAUGUUUGUCAUGUAUCUUCUCACUGCCAUCUUUGGCUACCUCACCUUUUAUUUAAACACUGAGGCAGAACUGCUACACACCUACAGCAAGGUGGAUCCCCUGGACACUCUCAUCCUGUGUGUGCGUGUGGCUGUGCUGGUAGCCGUCACUCUGACUGUUCCCGUUGUGCUCUUCCCGAUUCGCAGAGCCCUUCUGCAGCUUCUGUUCCCCGAUAAGCCCUUUCACUGGGUGCGUCACAUCACCAUCGCUGUGUGCCUCCUCUUUGUCGUCAACCUGCUCGUCAUCUUCGUGCCCAACAUUCGUGACAUCUUUGGUAUCAUUGGUGCGACUUCUGCCCCAAGUUUGAUCUUCAUCCUCCCGGGUCUCUUUUACAUCCGUAUCGUUUCCACUGAGCAAGAGCCAAUGAACUCAAGGCCAAAGAUUCAGGCUGCCUGCUUCACUGCUCUGGGCUUCAUCUUCAUGUCCAUGAGCUUGACGUUUAUCACACUGGAUUGGGUCUAUGGGGAGAACCGAAGUGGAGGAGGUCACUAAUCUUUACCCACAAAACUACAAGGGUCCAAACAGCCUGUUAAGGAGAACACCACCUGAGAGAAAACAAAGCAUCACUUAUAGGCUGGACCCAUCUCACCUCAGAUCUUUUGUCCCACUAAGUUAGGAAAGGACCAAUGUCCUGCCAUCUUUAAAAUUAAAUGUGGAUCAAUCCUAUGAUGUUUCAUGGUGGAGGAUUUCUGGGGGACACAGAAAUGUCACGCCCUGUUGAGGCAGUUGUGUGAUACUGUGACUGUGAUCCAGAACACAGUCAUUUCCCUUUACACGCUCCGUAACGAUAAAUAAUGAUGAUUUUAUUGACGGAACCCCCCCAAAAGCUUUAAAAUUGUGGAAAGAAGGCCAACAUUUUAACAACAGCCAUAACGUACAGCAGAAGCCAAAAAAAAAUGACUGAAGAGGUUGUAUUCUCUAAAAGAAGCCAAAACACUUACUUUUGUCUGUUUUUACUUUUUGACAUAGUCCUACAGUGCAAUCCUAGGGAAACAGAAAACAAUGUAUUUUCCUUCUAAAAUUCUGGUUCAUAACAGUAUGAUAAGAUUUGUUCAGAAAAAACUAUUGGAUAUGAUCAGAAAACAAAAAUAUACAUAAUCUCAGAAUAGCUUUGACAAAGGCUGUAGACCUGAACCGAAUCUAUAAGCAGGGGUUAAAUUUGGAUUUUUGAAAUUCAAACUUUUCUGCAGGAUAGCAUUUAUUUUGAUAGACAAAUGUGAGGUACGUACAGUUGCAGUAUUUUGGUGUAGUGGGGUGGAAUGCCAUCUAUUGUUUUAUUUAGUGAACAGAUGGCUGUCUACGAACUCCAUUUGAUGAGGUGCUUAAUUUGAAUACUGUGAUUUGCAAAGGCAUCUAAGGCAAGCCAAAUCUAACCUGUGAAUUCAGUGAUUUAUCUGAUUUUACCAUAUUAUAAGGUUUUAUUUGGCAUGAGGUUAUACUUUUCCAAACAAAUGAAGGAAAAGUAAAACUGUCUCCAGAAAAGUGUUUAUAUAGGGCUGAAAAAAUACUAGACUGGAAAAAUACAACGCAAAAACAUUAAUUGCUGAACAUUUCAGGAAAGUUAUAUCUGUAAAGUUUUUCUUUUUAACUGUCAUAUACAGUAUACAACACUUUGAUCUAUGCAAUUGUGACAACAUGAUUUAUCAAGACCUUUAAACUUUGACUUUGCAUGUCAAUACAAGACAGCUUUUUCUCUUAGUCUAAUGUAGACUGUGAAACAAUGCAACGCUUUUUGCAUGACAUCAGGGCUCCUCUACUCAUUGUUUGCAGCUCAGGCCAUUGCUUAUACCAAAAAAGGCCAAGUUCCCAGUAUCCUGCAAUACCUAUUUAUUCAGUUUUGUGAUUAAAUACACAUUUUUUCAAUAACUCUGUGCUGGUAAGUUUAUAACAAAAAUUUGCCAAGUUAAAGACUUACAGUUCCAAUGUGAAACACAACACACCAAAUAGAGUUGGCAGUUGAACAAGUUCAUUUUCUACUGCUUUUACAUGUGCUUUUACAUUUGUAAACAUUGGUUUACUGAACUGGCUUUUGACACUGUUAUACUUGCCAUUUUCAAUAAAGAUAGUAAAGUCAGUAUUAAAA